CUCGGUCCCGCCCGACGCCGCCUCACGGGAGAGGCGGGCGGGGAAAGCCCCGCGGCGCUCCGGGGAGAGCUGGGGAAUCCUUAAAUAACCGUUCCUGUAUUUGCCGAGGAGAUCGGAAUUCCGCACGGCAAUAAUCAAGUCCAGGCGCCGCGGGAGAGGGCGCAGCCAUGGUGCCGCAUCCCGGCCAGGAGCCCGCCCGCGGCUAGAGCCGGCCCCGGCCGGAGAGCUGCGGCGGGGCAUCCCUCAGUCUGAGCGCCUCCCCGCGCCCCCCCGGCAUGGAGCCGGGCGGCCUGGAGUGGCUGCUGGUGCCCAUGCAGCAGCUGGUGUCGUGGGGCGCCGCGGGGGCCAUGGUGUUCGGCGGCGUGGUACCCUACAUCCCCCAGUACCGGGACAUCCGCCGGACACAGAACGCCGAGGGCUUCUCCACCUACGUCUGCCUGGUGCUGCUGGUCGCCAACAUUCUGCGGAUACUUUUUUGGUUUGGAAGGCGUUUUGAAUCCCCUCUUUUGUGGCAAAGCAUUAUCAUGAUCAUUACAAUGUUACUGAUGCUGAAGCUGUGCACUGAAGUACGAGUGUCCAAUGAGCUAAACAUAAAACGCCGCUCUUUUGCAGCUGCAGAUAGUAAGGAUGAAGAAAUCAAAGCACCUCCCAAGAGAUCCUAUCUGGAUUUUGACUUGAACUAUUUUUGGCAUUGGAGCAAGUUUACAGACUAUCUGCAGUGUGUCCUCACCUUCACUGCUGUGACUGGUUACAUCACUUACCUCUGGCUGGACUCAUUUCUCUUUGUGGAGACGCUGGGCUUCCUUGCAGUGUUCACCGAGGCCAUGCUGGGUGUUCCCCAGCUCUACCGCAACUACCAGAACAGAUCUACAGAAGGAAUGAGCAUCAAGAUGGUGCUGAUGUGGACCAGUGGGGACACAUUCAAGACUGUUUACUUCAUCCUGAAUCAGGCCCCUUUCCAGUUCUCCAUCUGUGGACUCCUGCAGGUUUUUGUGGACAUCGCUAUCCUGUUGCAGGUUUACUUGUACAGCUACUACCCUCAGAAGCCUGUGUCCCACACUACACACCCAGCCAGCACCAAGGCCCUGUGAGGAACUUAGCUGGACAGGUUGCAGGUCAACAGCGCUGUGGAGUCAGCCAUGGCAGCUCCUCUUCCACUUGUAAAUACUCUGGGGUUGCUGAGUUGAAAGCAGAAAAGAGAACAAGGGUUGAAAACCUGGCUGCACUUCCAGCUCAGGAAGUUUUAUUUUAAAUAACUUGCUCGCUCUGUUUUCAGACUUAGCUGUACAGAACUGUUCUUGGUGGGGGGAGGGGCACUUUAUUUUUGCAUACCUACCUAUGAGCCUUAUUAACUCACAAAUGUUUGUGUAUUUAAUCACAAGGGCUGGAUGGUUUGUGUUUUUAAUGCUAUUUAAAAAUGUUACACCACAGAAAUGAUAGGAUAUUUUGUCUGAAACUUUUACCUAUUUAUAUAAUAUAAAGUCUGUAUAUUGGCAGGAAGUUUGUGGCAUAUACUAGCAUCCACGAUGGAGGAAGAAGAGCAAAUCUAGGAGCUUUCUCUUUUCUCUGUAAGGGUGGCAGAGAAGGUGAGGGCAGGAGGCCCUGCAAAGAGGUGAGCAACCAGAAAUGAGCUGGUCAUCAACAUGUUAAAAAGUGAGCAGGUGUUUAACCCCACUGCAGGAUCAGUGUGGCAGGAGGACACAUUAAGGAGGUGAUGAAGGGGGCCUGAGUAUGGAUGAUGCUGUAGCCAUGAUGGUGCUGGCACAGCUAGUCAAGUGGUCAGCCAAAAGGAGGAGCCAGCAGGAGACUGCAGGUAACUUAGGUAGUCAUGCUUUGAAAUGAUGGGGUUUGGGAAUAGCCCAUCCUGCACUCGGGGGGCAGCACUGCCCCUGUGGCUGUACACGGGACAGAGCUGGGCUAUAUAGGAUGACUUUCACAGACCAAGGGGCCAGCAGAUGUGUGUUGCCAGUAUUGCCAAGCCAGUAUUUCUAGAUGGCAAUUGAGCCACAAAGGUAGAAGCAGGUCCACUUCCAUUGGCUCAGAUAUUGAAAAGUUUGAGACAGAGAAAAAGCUGUAUCCUGUGGAGUAGGACUAGCACCUGACAGCUUGAUUUGUUGAGGCUGAGAUUCAUGUUCAUGUUGUUUAAUGCUAAACAAGAACCAGUUUAUAUUUUGGGGUGUUUCCUGCAUUGACCCAGCAAGGAAGGAGUCCACAUUUUCAUUUUACUCUUGCGAACUUUUAGGCUCUUGGAAGAAUCAGCAGGCUGUACUUAGACAGAGGGACUGAAAAAGCUGAAAGAGCAGAGUUUAUGUAGAUGAUGUCUCUAAUGACUGUUUGCCAUUAGGUCACUGUGCUCUUUCUGAGAGCUGCAUGUCACCAGCAGCUGCAGGUGGUGUGGGCCCACAGGAGACUGUGACUGAGCUCUGGGCUUCUGCCAGCUGAAGUCAUGAAACCGCCCCAGGUGGUAUGAGGUGGCACAGUGAGACCCUUAGUCCCAGGAACAGCUAUGCCUCUGCUGCUUCCUUCUUCAUGAGGCUUCCUCCCUCUGCCCAGUGAGUCCUGUCUGACCACAGGAGAGGUGUUAGAGCUGGCAUAGAUUUUUCAGAAUCACAUUUUUUUCCGAGAAUAGCCCAAAAGUUUAUGUUUUCUUACUGAUGACAGCAAGUCUGAGGUUUGAUAACUUCAGUGUAUAAAUCAGAUACUUCCCCUACUGUGCUUUAUUUGGGAACCUCACAAUUUGAGUCUGGACUGUCUUCAUCUCUGGCAAACUGUCCAGUGGAGGGGAAUCACCCUCUGCCCAGGCACUGACUCCACGCUCUUUGUUCAAUACCAUACUCUUAGGCCUGAAGUGACCUUACAAUGUACUCGGCAUGGCAGACUAUGAAUGUUUUGUUCCUCUUUCUUCUCCAAUGUUCUGGUUGUGUUACAGGAACAUCUGGGCUUUUGUCUUUUUUAAUUGAAAACUUACUUAACAACUGGCUUCUUCAGUAUGCUGCUUUAAUGAGGAUUGUAUUUCUACUGUUUGCAAACAAACAUUUUCUUGUGUGUUUUAAUGGUCUGAAGGGUUUUUUUAAUAACUUGUAAUGGUAAGAUUUUUGUACAUGGUGGUCCUUUUCUAAUAUUCUGUGAAACAGGGAUGUAAGAAAUUAAUGGUUUGUAAGAAACAUACUUCUGUAUGUUAUAGCUUCACCUGGGAAUGCACACUUUUGGCCACCCCUUUGGCUUUGAACUACAGAUAUUACUGAGGAUAUAACAACUUCUGUUUUUUCCUUCUGGGACUCUUCCUUGGGCAGAUUCUUGAGUCUGUCAUCAAUACCCAAGCCAGCAAGCUCUGCAGACCAGACUCAUUCACACCAGAGCUGCAAAUGCUGGAAGAGAAGCCAGUGAAACCAUGUCUGAGUCAUCUUCUGUAUGUGGCAUUUAGCAAGGUAGGACUCUUGGCCAGGAACUCUUUAACUUCAUCUUGCAAGGUACUUUAGGGACAAAGUGUUGCAGAACUUUGGUUUUGUUCUCUAAUUGUCAGGAAGUAUCUGUAUCCAUGAUCACCUCAGAGAAUAAGAAAUCAAUUACUUUAAAUACAUCUCUUUGAAUGUAUGGCACAUUUCAUGGAGUUUAUUUUUUCUGUCAGUUGCAAUGUUUUUUUAAAAUAAAAAUUACCUAUUAUAUAUAAA